AUCAUGCAUCCUGGUUAGAAACUGUCUCCUCUCUUCUGUGUGUAAGGUUCCCCCUCAAAAAACCUCAGCUCACCUGUGAAUGGGUAAACAGCCUGGGGAUGAAGAACUUCAUCCCGACCGCCCACACAUGCCUCUGCUCGGAGCACUUCAGGGCCGAUUGCUUCAGGGACCUCAACGGCAAAAAGUUUCUGAGGGUGGAUGCGGUACCCACCAUUUUCAGCCAUGGGCAGGAUUCAUCAAAGAAGUCGGAACAAGGACCAAAGAAAAAGUUCACUCCGGUGGAAAUCCUGAAAAUACUGGAGGACGACCCUGGGAACCUCCUUUGUCUGAGUGAUUCAUCGUCGGAUGACGAGGAUCUGGUGCAUCCCGAAAAAACACACGACACCAGUAGUGAAUCGGAUUACCGUCUUCCAUCAUCGGAAAGUGAUGAGGAUGACGAGGACUCUCUUGCCAGAGUCCCAGAACCUUCAAGUGCCCCACGGCCAACACGUCCACAAUCGGCUCCAGAACCAUCACACCCUCAGCCAGGCCCAGAAGCAUCUGCUCCCCCCACGACUCUACACACCCAGUCGUUAGCACCUCAGUCACCUCAGUCGGACCCAGCAGCACCUCCCCCGACCACUCGGUGGAAGAGAGGACGCCCCUCUCUCAGAACUUCUGCUCCAGCUACCAAGCGUGUAAAAAGUAGGUUGGCUUCUACAGAGGAGGAGGAGGAUGACGACGACGACGACGACGACAGGUGGCAUGACAGAGAGGAGGAGUGCAUCAAACCUGACCCUCCCAAGUUCAUGCCGGCCAGGAUCCCAGGCCCCACAUGUGACACCACCACAGCAUGGUCUCCUAUCGGCCUCUUCCAGCUUUUUUUCCCUGCAAAUGUUGUCCAAAAAAUCAUUGACAACACAAAUGCCAAUGCUGCCAAAAGAAGGCAAGCUGGGAAAAAAUUCACCUGGGAAGUGCUCACGAUGAAGGACUUCUACACGUUCCUCGCCGUCAUCCUUUUCACUGGCUUUGUGACGGUCCACCACAGGUCAGAUUACUGGAGGAAGAAAUGGCCGUACAACUUCCAGUUCCCCGGUGACCACAUGACACGGGACCGCUUUGAGUCCAUUUUGUGGUCACUUCACCUUAGUGACCCAAAAGAGGACGAGGAAAACGACAAAAAAAGGAACACUGCCGAGUACGACCAUCUGUUCAAGAUCAAGCCGCUCUACACAGAGAUUGCGAACGCCUGCAAAGCCAAUUUCCAGCCGCAUCAGAAUCUGUCCAUUGAUGAGCGGAUGGUCUUAAGCCAAGCAGCCAGCAUGAAGGACAAGCUCACAAAGUGGGGUUACAAACUGUUUGUGCUGUCGGAUACGUCGAUUGGCUAUACGUGGAAUUUCUUUGUCCACACAGGCAAAAGUGAGUCCGCCACAGGCCACAGUGUGAGUUACUCAGCAGUGAUGGACCUUUUGCCUUUUCCUCUCCUUGGCGGCGGCUACUUGUUGUACACAGACGAUUUCUACACAAGCCCUGCGCUCUUCACCGAUCUGUCCAAAAAGAACAUUGGCUGUUGUGGGACCAUCAGGAAAAAUCGAACUGGCUUCCCUAAGACCCAGACCAACGACCUGCCCAAAAAGGCUGAGAGGGGGGACAUGCGUUGGAUCCGGAGUGGCAAACUCCUCUUCGUGAAGUGGAUGGACAUGAGAGAGGUAAUGAUGUGUUCCACAGUGCAUCAGGCCUACAGUGGACAGACUGUGAGGAGAAAGGUGAAGGAGGCUGGGGUGUGGCAGAACAAGUCAAUACCAGUUCCGGACUGCCUCGUGGACUACAAUCACAACAUGGGUGGUAUGGAUUUGUGCGAUGCACUGAUCGAAUUUUACAGCGUCCGCCACAAGACAAUGACGUGGUACAUGACUUUUUUUUACCACUUUGUGGACAUCGCUGUUGUGAACAGUUAUCUUUUGCACAAGGAGCUGUUCAAGUUGAGGCAGGACCCUACCCAGAUGGACCCCUUCACCCACAAGGCCUUCAGGGAGAAGUUGGCCAAGGAGAUGCUGGAGUUUGCUGAAGGCUCAGCACCCCCCUCCACCACCACCACCUCCUCCCCCUCCACCACUUGCAUGCCCAUGUUUUUCGACAGCGAGGAAACAAGGGUCAGGAAGUAUUGCAAGAGGUGCCAGGAUACUGGAAUGCUGAGGGUGAAGACAUCCACUUGUUGCAGGAAGUGUAAGGUUCCUCUCUGCCUCACCUCCAAAAAGAACUGCUUCCAGCUGUGGCACGAUGGACAAUAACUUCCUGAUGGAUGGACCCCACCCAGACAAAAGUCAAAGUCAGCUUUAUUGUCAAUUUCUCACUAUGUACCGAACAUACAGAGGAGUUGAACAAACGUUUCUCUCCAGUCCAACAUAUAAAGUGAAUACAGAUAAUGAAGUGCAAAUAGAUUAAAAAAAACAUU